AUGUCGCACCACAUUAAGAUCCGUGAUCUGCGCGAGAAGAGCAAGGAUGACCUGAUGAAGCAGCUUAUGGAGUUCAAGAAGGAGCUCUCGCAGCUCCGCGUAGCGCAGCAGCUCAACAGCGCUGGCACCCGUCUCGGCCGCAUUCGUCUGAUCCGCAAGAGCAUUGCCCGCAUCCUCACCGUUCUGAACCAGAACGAGCGUGAUAACCUCCGCAAGUUCUACUCGGAGAAGAAGCUGCGCUCGAGCAAGCCCAAGGCGCUUCGCGCGAAGCUGACCCGCCGCCGCCGUCUUGCGCUGAAGGACAAUGAGAAGAACCGGAAGACGCGGCACCAGCUGCGCAUGGCUCGCAAGUACCCCCGGCGUGUCUAUGCUGUGAAGCUUUAA